UGUGCUCUUCCCUUCUAUUUUUCUAUCCUCCCAUAGGCUGGACCAAUUUCUUUCUGUUUCAUCUAAUUUACAAUUCAACAUUAAAAACUCCAGCGAAUACAAACCAUCUGCUGUAAACGUAUCUAGAGCCAUGGAGGAUGAAUUAUCAAGCUUGACAGGAGCGUAUGAGGUUGAAUAUUGUGGAUUACGAGGGCAGAAAGAGAUAUUUAGUAUUAAUUGCUUAGUACCAGAUGAUGUCACUAAAGAUGAAGUUUUGAAACAAAUUUUUGAAAUUUUUAACACAUCACAGACAUUACAUAAUUUGAAAAUUCAGAUAGAAUUGAUUGGUGAAAUGUUUUGUAAUGAAAGCACAACCUCAACAAGCAAUGGUACUUUCUAUUGGCCAAUGACAAAAAUAGGAACUGAUGUGACGAUCCCAUGUCAUGCAAAUGUAGCAACGAGACACUGUUCCUCCGGAAAUGUGGCACAACUAGAAAUGCCAACAAAUCAGUAUGGCACAUCACGAAAAUGUUCACCAUUCACUGGCGUCUGGCAAAAACCAGACAUGUCUCAAUGUUACAAUACAGAGAGGAUCACCCAACAACUAAAGAACAUCACAAUCGUAGACAUCGGUAAAGAAAAUGUUGAGCAGGUUUCAAUAAUACUCAGCGAUAUUUCAAAGAAAUCAGUUUAUUUCAAAGCAGAAGAUAUUGACUUGGCUGUUGAUAUUCAAGAGAAAAUGCUGCCAUUGAUAUCGAAUGUGUCCGCCGAUAUAACACUAAAGAAUAUACUUCUUAGUAUCAACAAUAUGAUAGACACACCGGAAGAGAUUUUGGUUGAAGCAGAUGGAACUGAGAGCAGAAUGCUGGACAUUAUAGAAGCAAUCCUGGAAGAGAUUCCACUGGAAGGGCAGCAACUCACAGCUUUAUAUUCUAAUCUUGGUAUUGGUGUUAUCAAAGUGGAGAAGGACACGUUCAAUGGGGCUGUCUAUGGUAUUUCAUUUGGAAAUAAUGAAACUGAAGCAAAGACAAUGAUACAUAAUUACUCAAAUCCAGACCCACAAGUAGAAGAUACAGGGAACUUCAUUUCAUUACCAAAGAGUUUAUUUAAACAGCUGAAAGAAGAAGAACGAUCAACAAUUUCAAGGAUCGCAUUUUUCUCCCUGAAGGAUGAUAAGCUAUAUAGGGUAAUACAACACUCCAGGACCAAAGCAAAUACUAAAAUUAACAGUCACAUUAUUGCCGCAAAUGUUCCUAACAUUCAAAUAACCAACCUCGAUGAACCAGUUAAUAUCUCCUUCAGACCAAUAGAUCAGGUAAAUGCUAUCGAUUUAUUAUAA